ACAUGAAAUAACAAGUAUAUUCGAAACGGAUGCAUACACAAAAUGCAAAAUACAAAGUGUCUAUGAAUAGAGAUAAAAAGGCGUAAAUUUGCUCAGACGAAUCAGUUCAACGCUUGAUUCCAACUGGUGAAGUUCAAUUUCAUCGAGUAAAAUAAUGCCGCUAGACAAGGAUAAUGCAGGCCAUCGUGAUUUUUCUAAUCGGCUUGAUGCGAAAUUUACCGGAAAUAGUUUUUAUGACAAAGCUGCUCGGCCCAUCAUCCAUGGCGCAUAUCACGCUGGCCGUUACGUAAGAUCGUCCAAUCCCGAGGAAAUGGCACGUGCCAAGGAUCAAUUUAGCAAAUUCGGAACUGGACAGUCACAAACCGAAUAUUUGGCAGUAUAUCGAGAACAACAAAAACAACAAGAACAAUCGUUUCCAAAGUCAGUCCAAGAACAAUUGACACCACAAUCAUUCCAAGAACAAUUGACACCAAAGUCUUGGAAUGAAAAAUUGUUUCCAGACUUGAUGCAACAACAACAACAACAACAGCAACAGCCAAAGUCAAUGUUUGACUUAUUGCGCAAAAAUUAACGAGCGAUUCGAUGAAAAAAUUAUCAAUGCCGCCGUCGUCUAUUGUCCUGAUCAUGAUUAAAAUAUGUCAAUGUUUUGAUUUAUUUUGAAAAUGUUGUGCAUUGGUCAAUAAAAAUAUCGCAUGUUUAAAUUUAUUCAAUAUGGCAUUUGUUUUUCAGUGUACGCUUAACAAAAUCCAGAGUACCAUGAGCAUUGAGCACUGGCUGUUAGCGCAUCGAUAUGUUUAGAAACAUCAAAAUUAUGCUGC